AUGACAGACGCCUGCACCGCCUUUCUUCACGCCUGGUCCAGCGCAGACGACGUCCCAACCAGCUCUGGCGCCUCUCCAGCCCUGGUUUCGGCCUUCACGAAGCUGCUAACAGAUCCCACAAUCCCAGCAGCCGAUGUAGUCAACGAAGCCCUCACUCCGCUGCCCCGAGAGAAUGGGUUCGACCCUCAGCCGUCACCCCCCAACCCGGAUAUUGUCCUUAGCAUGCUCAUAGACGCCGCCGAGCAUCUAACAGAGAUGACCGACCGCCUGUGGAGGCGCAUCCCAGCGGGGAAUACAAAGAGCUCGUUGGGCUAG